AUGAAGCGGGGAAGAGAAGACGAAGAGAGUUCGCGACAUGAUGAAGAUGACGGGAAGAAUGGGGGGAGUGGUGGAGAAGGCGAGGAGAAGAAGGAAGCAAGAAGCAGGGGAGAUGAGGGUGACGGUGGUGGGGAGCCCGCGGGGGACCAUGUUAAGACGGCAUCGUCUCAGGCUGGGGUAGAAAGGGGGAAACGGGAGAGUGGAACAAGCGACCAAGAGAAGGUUAGGGAAAAGGAGGAGGAGAGAGAGGAGGAUGAGGAUGAGGAGGACUGUGUUAAGAUCGAAGAAGAUAAUGACGAGGAUGUUAAGAUAGAGGAGGAGAAGGAGGAGUGUAUUGAUCUUUUGGACGAAGAGGAGGAUGAUGGCGGUGACGAUAACGAGGCGGCUGAAAUCGAGGAUGUUUCGGAGGAGGAAGGACCAAGGAAGGUGAUGAAGCUGAGCGAAGCUGCGAGGAAAUCGCGGAAGCGUGACGUGGCGGAACGGGCGGGGGGCGGGGAGGAGGGUGCAGAGGACGGGAAGGGGGAGGGACUGGCGAAGAAAAAAAGAAGGAAAUUGGGGAACGGGAAAGUGGGUGAUAUGGAGAGGAGAGAAGGGGGGAAGGGCAGCGAGGUUCCAAAAGACGGGGGCGACGGGGGUAUGCAUGAGGGAGACGGGAACGAGGAAAGACAGGAGGAGAAGGAGCGGAGAGAGGAGAGCAGUGAUGGUAGAGAACCGAGAAGAACCGAGAAGGAUGGGAAGGGGGAACGUAAUCAGGUAACGGUUAGUAGAGAUGGUGAAGGGGGAGGUGGAGGAGGAGGAGAUGAGGAGGGGGACGACGGAGCUAGGACGCGUGGGGAGCAGGGGGGGCAGGGGGAGCAAGGGGAGCAAGGGGAGCAAGGGGAGCAAGGGGAGAAGGGGGGAAAUGGAGAGAAGGGGGACCAGGACGAGGGACGGGAGGGGGAGCAACGACAGGAAGAGAAGGAAGAGAAGGAGGAGAUGGGAGAGAAAAAAGGGGAGCAGACGGGGGAGCAGAAGGGGGAACAGACGGGAAGCAUGGUAACCCGCAAAAAAGACAUAUCAUACGUUCUUAUUGACUUAAAGCCACGAGAGCAGACUAAGAAGACAGGGGGGAGCAGGGAUAGCAAGGGGGGAAGCGCGGGGGAGAACGGUGGGGGAGGGGGAAGCGGCGGUGCGGGAACGCCUGGGAAGGAGGAGGACGGGGGGAGUGACGAGCAGACGAAAAAAGUAGGGGCGGGUGGGGAGGCUGAUGGGGCAGGUGAAAAAGCAGCUGUGGGGGGGGCAGCGCGGACGGCAGAAGGGGGGAAGAAGCGGAAAGGCCUCCCCCCACGCUCUAGGAAAACGGGCAAGAAGGGGGGAGGGAGAGGGGGGGCGCAUGGGGGGGCCAAGGGGGGGCUGGCUGGUGCAGGGGCAGCUGGGGGAGGGCCUAUAACGGGGAUGGGGGACAAGAGGAAGGAGGCGGAUCUGGUGAAGGUGGUACCUGCGCCCAAGGGGUUGGAGAUCGAAGAUGGGCCUGAUAAGCCGGUUGUCUUAUCACGAGUGUUCCGGGCGGCACAGAUCCAGUUGAGUGAGGAUCGAUUAUCGGCGACGAGUAGCAAGGGCUAUCGCAUGGUUCUAGCAACAAGGGGAGUGCUGGAAGGCGCGUGGUCACUCACUUCCCCACACUCCCCUCACUCCCUCCCUCCCCUCCUUCCCUUACUCCGUCUGCAGUUGAGUGAGGACCGAUUAUCAGCAACGAGCAGCAAGGGUUAUCGCACGGUGCUAGCAACCAGAGGGGUAAUGGAGGGCGCGUGGUAUUUCGAGAUCCACAUGCUGCAUCUGGGGCAGUCAGGGCACGCCCGCAUAGGCUGGGCCACACAGCGCGCCGACAUGCAGACUCCAGUGGGGUUUGACACGUGGGGGUUUGGGUUCCGGGAUGUGGAUGGGAGCGUGGUGCAUCAGGCAGUUAGGAGGGCGUAUGCUGGAGGAUCGCUGGAUUUUCCUCCGCUGCCUCCUUCCAGUGCUACUGUCACUGCUGCUGCUUCUGCUGCGGCUGCUGCUACUGCUGCUGCUGCUACUGCUGCUGCCGCCACUGCUGCUGCGCCGGCUGCUGCUGCCGCUGCCGGUGGUGACAUGGAAAAUGCACCUGACAGGAAAGAUCCACCUGAAAAUGCAUCUGCACACCCUGAAACCACUCACAACCGUUCCCAACCCCACCCUGCGGGAGACAUAAGCAAGCGGGCGCCGGGGUACGUGGAGGGCGACGUGAUUGGCUGCUACAUCAGCCUGCCAGGUGGCGCCAGGCUGGCACCCAAGCCGCGGCCACUGGUGACGUGGAAGGGGCAACCGUGCUACGUGGAGAGCGAGGAGAGUGCAAAAGGAGGGCCCCCUGUGCCUGGCACGGCGUUUAAAGACAUUCCAGCGGGCAGAUACUUCCCGGCAGCUUCCCUCUUCACGCUGCCCGACCAAUCAGAGGGCGCCACCGUGCGCUUCAACUUCGGGCCGAAUUUCUCACACCUGCCCGCGGACUGGGGCAGCCGGCCUGUGCCUGGAGCUUUUUCGGGUGCCCCACACAUUCCUGCUUCGGAAUAUGAAGCUGAUCUUGGGGAUGAGGGGGAGGGGAAGGAGAGCAAGGAUGGGGAGGGUAAAGAAUGGAAGGAUGGGGAGGGGAAAUAUGUGGAGGGGAAGGAAGGUAGACAAGUAAAGGAGGAGGAGGAGGAGGAGGAGGAGGAGGAGGAGGAGGAGGAGGAGGAGGAGGAGGAGGAGGAGGAGGAGGAGGAGGAGGAGGAGGAGGAGGAGGAGGAGGAGGAGGAGGAGGAGGAGGAGGGUCGGAGCAAAGGGGGGGAAAUCGUAAAGGAUGAGAAAGAGGAGGAUGAAGGUAAAGAGGGAGGAGAGACCAAGGAUGGAAAGCUAGAGGGUGGAGAGGAGGGAGAGCGGAAGGAGGAUGCGAGGAAUUGUGAGAUGGAUGAGGAAGAGGGGAAGGAGGUGAAGAAAGAGAGGGAGGACAAAGACAAGGAAAUGAAAGGUGAGGAGGAUGGUGUGGGUGAUAAAGAGGGGAACGCCAACGAGAAGGGUGGGUUACAAGAGGACGAGAGGGAGGGAGAAGCGGGGAGUGCACAUAUUACUGAGGGGGGAGAAGCGGAUGGAACUAGGAAUGCGGAUGGAGAGGGAGGUGAAAAUAAUUCGUGA